AUGGAACGUGUCAAGGCACGUCAUGCCUUGGCAAUAUUGUUGAUUUGGGGGCUCUUUUACCGACCUCUGUUGGUACUCGCAGCCCUUGUCGCCGUGGUCGCGGUGAUUGAAGCUGUGGCUUUCACUAAAGUCACUCAAAUCAAUCUUCCUCAUGCAAAGAAGUUGAAAAUACAUUAUGAUCUCCCCCAAUCAUUUAACUCGAGUCUGGUCAAACCUAAUGAGGAGCUCGUGUUCCCUUCAUAUCCACUAUUAUCGCAGGAGGUUGAGGAGUUUAUCAAUUACGUCUUGAAGGAGUUUGUCUCAGGUUGGUACAGCAUCAUCAGCACUGACGACACGUUUGAGAGAUGCGUGACUUCAGAGCUACACACCAUCCUUCGCAACUUACAUACCAGUCUAAGUGCAACCCAGUACUCCGACUUGAUAAUAACCAAGAUAGUACCCGCCAUCACCACGCAUUUCAAGCGUGUCGUUGAAGCCGAAAGAGUGUCUCAAAUGCUCAACACUAAUAUCACACAAGCUUUUGGGGAGAUUCAUCCUGGUGUUUCUACUGAUUCUGUCGAUGGUGAAAAUCAUAAUGAAAAGUCAUAUUUGCGUGGCAGGGUCCAGCAACUCCUACCCAAGCUUCUCUCUGAACAAGAAUCAAAUCCUCUAGUUCGGACAUUUGUUACUGAACUUUUGGCUUGCACCAUUUUGACACCAGUGGUAAAUGCCAUGAGUGAUAGUGACUUCUAUAACAUGACUAUGUUGAACAUCAUUGGUAAUAACUUGAAACACCAAGAGAGAGUAAAUCAAUUCAGGGCAGCAUUGGAACAUCAUACUUUGCAUCACGGCAAUACACCUGGUGACCUACACAAAGGCUCGAUGUUUGCAAUCAGCGAGCACACUGACGCUAACUCAUUUCAGCAUAUACUUGAUAUCGUCUCAAAGACCAGUUCGAUUGAAGAGUUAGACUUAAUCCUUCAACUGACGGAAGCUCAGCUUAAGCUUGCGCGAACUCAAAGUGUCGUGGCACGUCUUUGGCAAUUACAGGAGGCAGUCAAGAAAAGACGAAAAUGCAUCAGCUCUCCAGAGUUCGCCGAUGUUAUGCUGAAUCUAGCAUACCUUGAAGCAUUUCGUGCUUACCUUGUCAAAAUAAAUCAUGAUCGCUAUCUUCAGAUUUGGGAGUUCAUCAGAUUGCAGCAUGAGAAAAAUGACGAGUCUUCAUCCGAAAGGGAUGACGAUAGCACCUCCGAAAUUGAUGUGCUUUAUGAGCGGUUUCCAGAGUUGUCAACUGUGAAUAGCACGGGGUCAUCUCUUUAUAUUAAACGCUCAGAAGUAGAAGCCAUCUUGCUUGAAGACUUUGAGCAAUUUCGUGACACCGACGGCUACAGAAAAAUGUUACUGGUUAACCCUGAAGUUGUGGAAGCGGUUGAGAUUGCAUUGACUCAGAUUAUGAAUGUUGAUGAUGUUAACGAUUCACUUGUUAAUUAUGAUAAGUAUGAAGGAGACGCAGCUGCUAGACUUACUGGGAUAUUUGAAGCGGAAAAUAGUUCUGCUCAAGAGCAAGUUGAUGGCCCUUUGUUGGCAGCACCUAGCAAUCUCAAGUUGGCUCAAGAAAUCUCAAAUAUCGGGUUACAAAUUGGGAAGCUACAAGAUCAGAUAAGUGUGCUUGAGCCAUUGCUCCGUAAAGCUCAACUUACCCAGCACACUAGUGAGAUCAAGGUGUUGCAAAAAAGUAAGGCCAGUUUGGAGCGAGAGAUCAAUGCGUUGAAGUUGCAACGUCACCAGUACAUCGUUCAAGAAAAUGAAAACCUGUUGCAUGGGAAAACUAAUGUGUGCAUUCCCUCAUAUGUUAUUGAGAAUGAAAAGGGUCGCGAGUACGUUAUGUACAUCAUUGAGGUACAGAAGUUGAGCGGCGAUCAAAUCCUGGCAGGAUGGAUGGUUGCGAGGCGAUUCAGUCAAUUCUACAAAUUGCAUGAAUACUUGAAAGCUCACUAUCCCUCAGUGACAUCAGUCAAAUUUCCUAAGCGAAUGGUAGCGACGCUCAAGCAAAAACAAUUGGUAAAUCAACGGAGAAGACAACUUGAGAGCUAUCUUCGCGAAGUCAUAGAAGAUACUAAUGUGUGUGCUGAUCGGGUAUUUCGUCUGUUUUUGUCAAACGAAACUUUUGAAAUUUCGAAAAGUGAGGAAUUCGUUUCUACGUGUGAGGUAGACUUGAACUCGAUGACGUCGUCAUAUGUGAAACCGAUAACCAAUCUAUUAACGACUGUGUUUGGGUUGAAUGAUGGCUGGCUGCGGGGGAAAGCAGUAGUAAUAAUUGUCCAGCAAGUCUUUGGUACUACUGUCGACAAAUUAGUCAAUCAGCAAAUUGACUCGCGCUUACGUCAGCCUCAAACAUCCGUCGAUGUGGUGGCGGCUCUUAACCGAAUUGUUUUUCCUGGUGGCAAAUUUCGAAGUUCCCCCCCUAUACGUCUGGUUUAUGAGCGUGCCGAGACGCGCCAAGAAUCGAGCGCAAUUUUCAGAGCGUUCAUCCAUCAGACGUGCGAUAGCAUUUUCGGUAGCUCUAAAAGUGCCUACGCUGCCGACAAGCUUUUUACAAUGAUCCAACACCCAACACUCAACCGCCAUCUCUUGUUCACUUUGCUUGAUAUUGUGUUUGGGGAAGUGUUCGGCAUAUAA